AGCUGUCAACUCGUCCGGUUUUGCUUCCUCGAGAUGUUGAGACAAGUCCCCUGCGACCACCAUUAUCGAUCUACGACUUCUUAGGCAUGCUUGAACGUCUUGAUGACGUUCCCGGCAGGGUACCAUUUUAUAAACAUCAUGAGAGGGGCCAGUCAGUGUAUAGGCGAAGACGGGCCGUUGUGCCAGCCCACCACGAGUUCCGCGUUGCCAUACUGGUCCGCCAUGUCAAAGCAGUCCAGGCCGGCGAGCUGCCACAGUCCGGAGAUCUCGAGGUCACGAACCCCAGCCGUGGUUCAAUCAGGACAGCACGUUGGCCAGUCCUUAGCAUGGCCCUGGUCGAUAAGGUUCAGCGGUACUAAACGGGAGGGGGUUGUCUCAGUGCCGAACCGACAGCCGGCAGUGUCGUACAUCACUCCAUGGCUGAAUUUCGGGGAACCGGUGCAUGUGCCCUCGCCCCAGGGUUACAUGCGUCAUCCCCGCCCAGCACGGCAGCCUCGGACCCCCGCACAGGGGAGCGUGGAGAAGUGGAGUUGUCGAUGCUUUCCCCAGGAUCUGCAUGAUCGGCCGGGGAUUCGGGCAAACUUGGCCAAUCAGGGACAAGUCUAGAUCUCUUCUGUCCCUGGCAGUUUGCUGAAAGAGAGAAUCCAGUCUCUCCUCCAGGCGUAUUUCUCCGUAUAUGUUCUUGCGGAGAACUCGGGGCCUAGCUGUGCCGG